AUGGACACCGCCCUGCCCUGCCUCGUGGCCGUGCAUGUGGGGGCAGGGUGGCAUUCACCCUCCAAGGAGAGCGCCUACAAGCGCCUGAUGUGCGAAGCGAUCUCGGCGGCGACAACGGCGCUCGUCGCCGGCCGAAGCGAGCUUGGCGCCGUGGUGGCUGCCCUUCGUAUGUUGGAGGACAGCCCCCUCACCAACGCCGGGUCUGGCUCAAACCUCAACAUCGCGGGCCAUGUGGAGUGCGACGCCAGCGUCAUGGCCGGCGACGGCGCGUUCGGCGCGGUCGGGGCGGCGCCGGGCGUGCGCCACCCGGGCGCCGCGGCUGCGCUUGUUGCCGAGGAGUCGCGGCUGCCCCUGCCGCUGGGGCUGGUGCGCCCGAUGUUCCUGGUAGGGGACGCCGUUCGGCGCUGGGCACUGUCGCGUGGGCUGGAGGCCGCACCGAGCGCUCACUCAGCCGCGACGUGGCUGAUCAGCCCUGCAGCAUCUGCUGCCUGGCGGCGCUACAGCAGGAUGCUGCGGGAGGCUGGAGGGCAGCACGCACAGCUUAUGCAGGAGCAGCAGCAGCAGUACCAGCACCAGCAGCAGCAGCAGCAGCAUGGUGAAGUCAAGGAGGACGGUCAUGGCGACUCAGCGGGGGAGGUCGAUGGCGCAGCGGGAUGCCAAGAGGGCGCAGAGGCUGGGGAGGAGAUCCGCCCGAUCAAGCGCCCUCGGGUGGGGCCCGCAGCGACGGGCAUCAUCAACGGCUGCCAGGACGAGCAGCAGGAGCAGCAGCAGCAGCAGCAGCAACAGCAGCAGCAGCAGCAGCAGCACAACAACAACAACCUGUACCAUCAGAAUCAGCGACGACGGCACGGCGCCGCCACCGCGGCCGCCCAGCACACACCUGAGGCCGCCGAGGGCGCGGCCAGCGGGGACGAGGCACCGCCCCCGCGGCGCAUAGGAGAUGUGUGCGACACAGUGGGCUGCAUCGUGGUCGGCCCCCGCGGCGCGGUGGCGGCGGGCGUGUCUUCUGGCGGCCUGGCCAUGAAGGCGGAGGGCCGUGUUGGGGAGGCGGCGGUUCACGGCUGCGGCUGCUGGGCGGAGGACCCGGCUGGGGGGCUCGACGGCGCGCCAGGCGUGGCGGUCAGCAUAUCCGGCUUGGGGGAGGCCAUCAUACGCGCCACACUUGCCAGGUCCUGCGCGGCCCGCGCGCAGCUGCUGGGGGACGAGGGCCCCGCGGCCACGGCCGCCGCCUUGCUGCAGGCCACGAUGACACAGGUGUGGGUCGCGGCGGAGGCGGCGGCGGCGGCGGCGAUGGCGGGGGCGGAGCGGCGCUCCAAGGUGCUGUAG